AUGCCGGACGCUGACGCUGAAGUCGUGAUGGCCGACGACCGCUACCUGGGUGUGUGGUUAAAUGGAGCAGAAGAACAACAAGCGCGAUGGUAUCUAAAGGAAGGCAUCCUGUGUUUUGUAGUAAGGGAAGUCACGUCUCUUGAGCGCGUUCUACUCGCUGCACGAGAGACCGUGAUAGACUUUGCCGCAGGGACUAGCGCGUCAUCCAUCCACUGGACCAUAAACGACUAUGAUUCAAUGGCUAUAUCUCGAGGAGAUUUGUCCCUACCGGACACCGCUACGAUCCACGACCCAGGGUGGGUAUGGCCACAAGCUGUAGUCAACAGGCGAGAUGAAUCCAGAUCUCCUGAUACGAAGUCUGCAGAUAAGUCCGCGGUUGACUAUGGACCCCCUCCCUUGGAGACCAUCUCUAUCGCAAGUGAUCGAGUACCAUGGAUCAAGCCUCCCCCAGUCAAGAAAGCAGCUGCAAGUCGAGCUAACGCUCCUGCUCAUGAACACAAAAGAUGGAUUAAGUUUGUGGAGAAUUACGACCCCGAAGGAUCCUUCAAGGAAGUUGGUGCGAAGAAUGCUCCUGUCCACCCGACGCAUUCCAUGUAUGAUCGAGAGAAAUGCUGGCAUCUAUUCUUCCUUCGACCACCUAAGAUACCAGAAGGUUGCGUGUCUGACCUGAGCAUUUUUGGCCAGCCCUGCCCGAAAGGAGUCUACAAGGGCAUUAACAAAAAGCGAUUUGUGCAACCUCGCUGGAUUUAUCAAACCAUGGAGCCCCAACCAACGGAUGUCGGCAGAAAAGCGCCUGUCCCAAGACCGGAAGAAUUGCCGCCCUUGAGGAAACCCUCUCAGCCCAAUCCCCCGCCCGAUGAUGACAGCGACAGCGACAACGAUUACUAUCCGGACGAGGGUGAUCAAGCCCCUCCGGUGUUGAACGUGACAAUCAAUGCUGAUGUAUCAUCUGUGAGCGCGACUACCACGCCCGCUGCUCAAAUCACGGGGAUUGAACCCGCUGUGCAAGCUAUCGAGAUACAGCCUGCUGCUAUAGGCGCGACUUCAGGAGUGGGGGAAGCCACCACCGAGCCUGCUUCCAUUGAUCCAAACCUAUCUCUCUCUAAGACGAAUCAUAUGCAGGAGGAUGAUGAGAUUUCGUGGGGAGACGACGAGCAUAACCACGAUGUUAUGGGUCUACAGAUCCCUCCUCUCUCCUUUACAGUGGAUUCAGAAAUCAAUACGGAAGCCGUCACUCCAGCGGAUCCCUUAGAGUUUGCCUCUUCUUUCUUAAUGCUUUACGGAAUACCCACAUCAGAAGAGUUUCCCGUUAUCCAGGACAUGAUAACGUCAAUUGCGACAUGCCUUCACUUGACAGUCAGGCAAAUAUUCCAAGUUAGCGCCGACCGAAAUCAAAGUUUUUGGUUCGAGAUGGAAUCCAUGGAGCAAGCUCGCCAAAUGAGGACUCAUAUGCAUCAUAGGCAAGAGAAUGGGAUAGAAUUACGAGUCGCCUACGCUGAUUAUGAAGACUACGUGGGAGCUCUCGCCCGCGCUUCCCAUAGAUGGCCAGACACUCUCUCCAACAACGGAAGUCAAGGUCCGUCCUCGCUCCAAUCGGUGGCUCUGGCAGUGAGCUCUUCUUCUCGAGGAUGGAGCAGUGGGGAACGUCGGCAAACGCGCGACAAUCGUCGUCGAUCUCCUUCGAUGGAACGCUACAGAGUUAACAGAAGGCUUUCACCCCUCCCUCGGCAACAAUCCCCUUCCCAUUCCACCUAUCGUAGAAGGUAUCAACGAUCCCCAUCGCCUCGUCGUCGUGCUCGUUCUCCAUAUCGUCAUUCCAGGUCGCCUGGACCUCGAUCAUAUCGACCUCCUGGGGAGCUAGCUACGCAACCUUCAAGGGAGCAGGAGAACGCUAGUCCUUUAACCCUCCGGAACUCCAAUGCUGAUGCAACGAUCCACAUUCCCCCUCUGCCAGUACUUCCAGGCAUGCCAGCUUUCGCCAGACUACCACACAACGCCCCGCUGCCUUUCGGCGCGAAUGUUGCUUUUAUGUGGUCCCCCUCCGGUAAUACCUUUAGCCCCGUCCUUCUGCAAGGAAAUACAACCGUGCUGCCUUAUCCAAUGGCACCUACCGGACCAACUCCAAGUGCCCUGCUGCCUUGGCCAGUAGCCGCAGCAUUGCCUACCUUGAACGUGCCGCCGUCUUCGUUGGAUACUUCGAGAGGCUCAUCUACUGCGUCGCUAGCUUCAAGAAUUUCAGCUACGGUCGAGCUACGGUCCGAUUCCCCGCCUCCAGCUCCCGCACGACCAACCCUCAUGUCUCGAAUGACAGACCAGCUAUCAGCAAGGUUGACUGAUCCAGCCCCCCCAGCUGCACUAGCUGCGAGGUUGACUGCUCCAGGUUGGCUGACGCUCGCCGAUCGUCUCGAAACCGCAGACCCCAUGGUGGUUGACCACUCUCCCUACCUUGGCUCAGCUGCACUAGCUGACUUCAGUACUGAAUCACUACAUCCAGCAACAGCCUCAGGAAGUUCGUCUUAUCAUCAAGCACCCAUGGAUGAAGAUCCUACCGAUCAGGGAGACGACGGGGAAGAAGAUUACAAGCGAACGAAGAGGGGGCGGCAUAGCGGUCAGAAGAUUCAAGGGUACCGAAAGCGCGAUGAGGAACGCGAAGAGCGGAAACAUCGGCGACGCUGUCGGUAA